UUCCUUAUAAUGCCGAACUGGACCAACGAGACUAUAAAAGCUCUAAGGCAUAACAAGUUACCUAUCAGUUCAUAGUUGUUUGCUUCACGAGAAAGGACAGACGUCUAUUCUCUUAUUACGUCUGCCAGAACGAGUUUUAAUAAAUAAUAAUUGAAUUUGCCAUAAGAAAUCUCAAAAAUGAAUAUUCUUCUAAUUCUUGUGGUGUGCGUGAGUUUUGCUGCAUCAAGCCCAGCUGGACAAUCUCCUAAAGAUGCUCGAAAGACUAGAGGAUUUGUCUAUGAUGAUGCCUCAUUAGGACUUUUACAUACUGCAAUAGCUCCAAGAUUAGACAGUUAUCCAGCACCUUCUUCUCAUGGACAUCACAAGACAGGUUUCAGCGUAGGAGGUGGAUUAGUCUCGAUCGCUCGCGGUGCUGCUGAUCAAGCACGUACUCAAGUAGCUAACCAACACUCUGCUGCCAAGCAAGCAGCCUACACUGCCAAGAAUACUUUAGCUCAAGCUGCGGCUCAAUCUGCUGCUACGGCAGCUGCGGCUCUUGCUGGAAAACAAAUUAUCCUUUCUGGAUUGGAACAACAAUCACGAGAUGCUCAUGUUGCUGUUGAUGGUGAGAAAAUGCAACUUCAACAAGCUUCACGAGCUGCUGCUGCAGCAAGAAAUGCUGCUCAACAAGCUAUGCAUCAAGUUCAAGUUAUCACAGCUGCAUUGAAUGCUGCUCAAGCCACUUCUGAUCAUGCUGCACAAGCAGCUGCUGAAGCUGCUGCUGAACUCGCUGCUCAAACCACGAUGUUGGGUCAAGCUAAAGCACGUGCCCAAACUAUCGAUGAACAACUUGCUGCAGCUCGUAUUGACUUUGCUGCUACUCAAUCAGCAUCUGAUAAAGCUGCUGCUGCUGCUCAAUUAGCUCAAAAUAAUGCUGCCGCUGCUGCUGCUCAUGCCUCCGAAAGCGCUGCAACUUCUGCUCCACUUCCAACUGUUGCUGAAGAAGAAGAUGGUCCUCACGCUGCUCUUGUAGUUGACAGUGCUGAAGAACCAAACCAUGGAGCAAGCUUCCAAGCAGUCAACUAUGCUGAUGAUCAUUCUGAUGAAGCUUAUAUUCCUCAACAAAACGCUGUCAACCAUGCUCAUGGUGAUUAUGCCUACAAUGACAACUACGACUACAAAGGAUAUUAUUGAAUGUACAAAUAAUUUGUUUAAUGUAAACUUUUUGUAAAGGAUUUUAUUAAAAUUAAUAAAACAUCUCCGUGAAUCAUUUUA